GCUUAAUCCACAUAUAAAUAUUGAUUGACGUUCAAACUCGAAGCUUUCGUUGAAAUUACUCAGCAAAAUCUACAUAUAUUUGGAGUCAGAAAGACUUUGAAAACAUCAAACUCGUAUAUAAUAUAAAAAAGAGUCGCUCUCUGCAAUUUACCAAUUACGUUGUCAAUCCAAUAGCUUGUGGUCGAAGAAAACAUGGAGAUGGAGCAGCAGUUGGAGUGGAAUGAAGCACAGAAGAUUGUGAUAAACGUAGACCUUGUUGCUGCAGCCAAACUGCAUCUUGAGUUUCUUGCUACCCUUGAUAGGAACCGUUGGCUCUAUGAAGCCCCUGCUCUGAAUUUGGCAAUUUAUAGGUACUAUUCAUGUUGGUUACCGCUAUUGGCAAAACACUCCGAGUCCCCCUUCUUUGAAGGACCUUUGGUUGUUCCCCUUGAUUGUGAGUGGAUUUGGCAUUGUCACAGGCUCAAUCCUGUUAGAUACAAGACUGACUGCGAGCAAUUAUACGGGAGGCUUCUUGACAACCAUAACAUUGUAUCUUCUUUGAAAGGAAUAUCAGAAAGGGAAACGGAAGAGAUAUGGAAACACUUGUAUCCAAAUGAACCCUAUGACUUGUCAGCAAGAGCUCUUUCAGAUAAUGUCCCUGUACAAGUUCUAGAAUGUGAAAAGUGCAGUAACUAUGAUCUAGUCUCUGCUGUUAAAAGGCAAAGCCCUUUCUUCUACCAGGUAUCUAGACCCCACAUGAACAACGAGCUCUAUCUUGAAGGAGCUGUGGCUCGAUACAAGGGUUUCUUACACUUAAUCCGGAGAAACAGAGAAAGAUCAAUCAAGAGCUUCUCUGUUCCGACUUAUGACAUUGACCUUAUCUGGCACACUCAUCAGUUACAUCCUAUUUCUUAUUGUAAAGACCUUGUUGAUAUUAUGGGUAAGGUGUUAGAUCAUGAUGAUACUGAUUCAGACAGAACAAAAGGGAUGAAGCUGGAUACUGGGUUUUCUGGAACUACAAAGCUAUGGGAGGAAAUGUAUGGUUUAAGAUAUUGGAGAGCAGGUGCAAUGUAUAGAGGAAAUGCACCAUCUCCUGUUAGAAUUUGUCCUUACCCCUCCAAUUCCAUGAGCAAGAAGGCAAAUACAUUCCAUGCAGAUCAGAAGAUAAUUCAUCUUCCAGAGAUGAAAGUUCUUGAAGUCAUGUUGGAGAUUAUAAGCAUAAGAAACUUACCCGAAGGUCAAAAGGGAUGCUUCUUUGUUUCUUUUAGCAAGACACAGCCUGAUAGGAUCUUUAAUGCAAAAAAGAAACUUACUAUUUUCUCUGAGUGUGGGGAAAAGCAGGUUGCUUAUUUCCAAUGUGAACCUAGUGGCCAUCUUCUAUUAGAACUCAUGUCCCAAUCAUCUCAUGGUUUGCCGAUUUCAAAAUCUGUUGAAGUUCUGGGUUCUACUGCCUUCUCUUUAGAAGAUUUGAUUUGCCCAGCUUCGAAACUCACAAUGGAAAAAUGGUUGGAAGUUGUGCCAAGCACUAAAAUAGAAGUACUGGAACCAAUCUGUAUACGAGUGGCGGUAUCGGUUACAACACCUACUGCAGCACCAUAUGUUUUUCACAUGGUUCGCUCCCGAGCAUUCACAAAAACUUCUUGUUUUUUCCCACUACCUGGAAGUAUUCAGUAUGCAAAGAAUUGGACUGGUGUCAUUGAUGAUGCUGGUGAUGAGGUCAUUAGCCUGCAAAUGAGGAACUCCAAGAAAUCAAAGAGAAUGAGCAACUCUACAUUGCAAAAGGAGGUGAUUGGCAUCAGCAAGUCUGGUGAGACGCAUUCUCUUGCGGAGUUAGUCGGGAAAGAGUGGUUGCUGUUAGAUUCCCACUGGUCCCUCCAACUUCAAACUUGCAGUGGUGAUGAAGGUUACCUUUUGGAGUUGGUUGGUGGUUCCAGGAUUGUAAAAUUCUUCCCUGGCCAGAGAUUGGAUUAUGAGCACAAGCAUUGUGCAAAGCGAAGAAAUCAAGAUGAUUUUAUGACGGCAGUUGAAUUCUCUUCAGAGCACCCAUAUGGAAGGGCAUUGGCGUUGCUCGACUUAAAAUGUGGUGUAAUCAAUGUGAAAGAGGAGUGGUUACUUUUGCCUGGCACCAUAACAGCUUUUAUACUAGGUGAUAUUUUGAGAAAGGAAGGGUAUAGUAGCUUGCUGAGCAGCGGCAACAAUUUGAAGGAUAAGAAUAAUUCAAUUGAAGAAACUAAUGCAUGCAAUGAAUAGGGCAGCAAAAGUGAUCUGCAAUUAUUGAUGCUGAGAAGACAACGCACGUUGAUGUAGAGACUGAAAAAGGAAACAAGUAAAUGCUGCCACAAGGAGGAGCAAACAGCUGAGGCAGUGGCACUAGCAGUGGCUGUGGUAGUGUCGUAGAUAGUGUGGUUCUCGCAAUGGUGGUUAUGCUGGCUGUGUGGAGCAGAGGGAUGUGGCAGUGGCUGUGCUGAUGAUUUAGUGUAUGGAGAAAGGACUGGACCAAAGUAGUGAAGUAGUAUUUGAGCUAAUUUGGUCCUACUGAUGGGUUGAUGCUUGUAUGUUUGUAGAAGUGGAACCACUCCUAAUGUGUACAUAUAAGCACUUCUGGUUCUUGAUAGAGCGUCUUAAUCAGGAUUGUGGCUGUUUGGAAAUGUGUUUUUAUAGUUAUAUGCUCUUCUGUGAAUAAGUUUCUGAGCUCUCAAUUAUUUA